AUGCUGUCUGAAGGAUAUCUCUGUAAAAUCCCUUAUCAUGAGCUCUUGAAUUCCACGCACUAUGGAGCAGAAACAGAAGAGGCAAUACAGGAAUUAAAGUCAUUAAAUGGUGCCACUUAUGAAUCAACAGACAACAUGCAAAGUAGAAGCUUAUUUUGGAAUUAUAGGUCAAUGGACACAUUUAUGAUUUCUGUUUCUUCCAAAAAACCCAAAAAUAAUAAACAAAAGAAAGACACAUUGACACAAAUUAUUCAAUAUCCAGUAUUUGAAAGGCAAGCAUCUGAACCUAUGGAAAUCUAUGUGGGAUCAUCCAUAAGCAAGGACACUUACCUUGUUCCUUCUUCUUGUAAAAGCAUUUGUAAGAACUAUAGUGACCUGCAUAUUGCUGGUGAUCAGGUGCUACCAAUGAAUUCAGUUAAAAGAGAUGCUAUUUUUGACAGUGGGAUAUGCCCAUUCUUGGAAUCAUCAGAGAUUCCAUUGCCAAUAGAUUCAAUUCCAAUGCUACCUGUUGAGAUCCCAUGGAAACCAUCCCAAAGGAAUUCAUCAUGCUGGCGGGUGGCCAGCAUCAUGCAACAUCAGCAGCCUCUCUCAAACUCAAUUCUGAAUAAUUAUUUGGAGGAGAAAGUGGUAGAGCUUUAUAAACAAUAUAUCAUGGAUGUGAUGGACAGCAGCAUAUCUCCCACUCAAAUCUUGACUUCAGAGUUCAUAAUGACAAAUGUAGAUCAAAUCAGCAUGAAGUUAUCACAAGAGAUGAACAUGAAGACUACCAAAGCCAAAGAUAUGGUUAUUAACUGCCUACUGCAAUUAGCUAGUGGAAAGGUGUCAAGUGAAAUGAGCACUCCCAGUCUUCACAUUUCCCGGUUCAGCACUAAAUAAAGAUCACUAUAACUUGAA